GCAGGCUAGAUUAACCAACAUCUGAUGUUUACAAAAACCAAAAAGGUUGCAAGGUAUUCAAUCCUUAUUGCGUUGGUAUUGUAGUGUCCUGUCAAAGUGUCAAUGUACAUGGUAAUGAAUCCAUUACUAAAACUUUCCUUACUUUAUUAUACCUUUUGAAAAAUGAUGAUGAACCAUAAGUGUAACAUAUCCCAAUACCACUAAUUUACUAUGGACAGACAUAAAUUUUCUUUUAAACAUACGUAUAAGUUUACACCUUGUAGCCGCACAAUUGCUAAUGAGUAAUGUUGAACAUUAAAGUGUGAGCAGAAUCCAAAUCAUCAUUAAAAAUAAAUAAAAAAAACUAGAUAAUUUCUGAGCCUUGCUCGGUUUUUGAAAUCAAUAUUUAAUUGAAAAAUAAAAAUUCUAGAGAAAUAUAACUCAAUAAUCAAACAUAAUAAUAGAUAUGUAGCAAUGAAAUUCCCGAGCAAAUUAAUGAUCCUGGAAGUAAAAAAAUUCUCCACUUUAGUAUAGGCAUAUUGACAUAUAGAUUUCUUCUUUUAAAGAAAACAUGAUUAAUCUUGUAUGAAGUAUUUGCAUAAUAUCCACCACUGUUUGUAAGAGACUUUUCUCACGAGGGGAAUUAAAUCCUGAUGUGAAUUCAUCGUAUAUGAGUCCUUCGAUAAAUAUAAAAAAAAAUUGUAAAAAAAGAAAAAAAAGUUGUUGGCAACUUAACAAACCCCUCCACUCAAUUGGCAAUUUAGCUUACAAUUUGGGUCAUUUGGCAAACCUAGCCUUAGAGGUGAUCAUCAUGACCCAGCCAGUCUGUUAACCCAAUCCGGUCCUGAUAAAAAAGUGCGGAUUUAGGCAAAUUUAAAAUCAUAUUUUUAGUUAAAAAUCCGAACUUAACCUGAAAGAAAAGUUCGUUUUGACUCGACAAGCCCGACAUUUUUUUUUAGAAGUGGCCGAAUUUUGAUUACCUCAUUACCUCACCUGGCCCUCAAAAAUAAUUACUCAGUUAUUUCACCAUUAGAACACAAGCCAAAGAAGAAACAAGAAAGAGCGUCCUUCUUCUUUUCCACUAUUUUCCCCAAAUUUAGAAAUUGAAGAUCAAAUUGAGAGGAAACGUUUUAGGGCAUAUUCAAACUCUUCCAGAAAUCGAAGUCAUUUACUCGCUAGAUGAUAAAAGAGGUGUAUUCAUAUCAAAAUUAUUGGCAGCUUUAUUGUGCAUGAUGAUUGAACUCUUUUUAUCAAAACCUAUUUGGGGUGAUGAUAAGAAUUCUGAUUCUGCUGACCUAAGAACGCCCCUCUACAACGAGUUGGAAAAGAUCAUAUGGGGACUUAUUACCUCUGAAGGCCGGUCAGAGGCUAGAUUGUGGCUUUGUGAGGCUAUUUCUAACUUAAGUUCAAUCACCCCAUCUGAACAGCGUGACCUAUUUAUGAGGUUGUUGAAAUCCAAGCCUCGUAAGUGGGAUAUUGCUUCUCAAGUCUUUCAAAUGCUCUUUGACAGGAGGCCACAGAAAGCUGGGAUAAUUUUGGCUAAGAAAUGUCACAGGCUUGAAAAGUUCUUUGAAGGACAUCCCAAACGAAUCUCGCAAUGGUUUUCAACUUUUUCUAUUGUGGGUGAUUCAGCACAUGGUAAGGGUGCAAAGUCACUGGCCCAGUUUGCCUUUGUGAACAGGGACAUAUGUUGGGAAGAGCUUGAAUGGAAAGGAAAACAUGGUCAGUCACCAGCAGUUGUUGCAACAAAACCUCACUAUUUUCUUGAUUUGGAUGUUCAACGCACAGUGGAGAAUUUUAUAGAAAAUGUACCUGAGUUUUGGUCGUCAGAGGAAUUUUCAGAGUCUUUAAAAGAUGGUGAAAUAUUAUCAGUCGAUACUAAGUUCUUUAUAGAUUACUUCAUUGAUUUAAUGUAUGAAGAUAAUCUGAAAGAAGUCUGGGAAGUUGUUGGUCAUUUUUUUAUGGAUGAAUCUUUUUCUUAUCUUUGUAAACAUCUUUUAAUCAUUCUUGAUGAGCGGGACCUAUCUUCUUUUUUGCUGAUGCUUCACGAUCUUCUUACUAGAAGAAAGAGACUACUGAAUUUCGAUAACACAUCUUAUUGGCUGGAGAUCGUUAUUUGUAAGUGUGGUGACCAAGUAUCUAUCGACCAGUUGUUUCUGUUGAAUGUGUUGUUUAAUAAAGGAAGGCCACUUAUACGGUUGGUACAUAAUGAAGGGACUGAGGAGGAGAUGGCUAGAAUUAGUGAUCUAGCUUUAGAGAUCUGUACAAAUACAAGUGAAGCCAAGAGUUUGGCCCUGAUUUCCAAGGGACAAUUAAACUCAAAGACUAUAGAAGUGAUGAAAUGGCUUGGCCUUCUUUCAUGGAGCCUUCUUUACAGGUUAUCUAAGGAAGGUCAUACUUCUGAAUCCUGGAAAGCACUGUUUGUCAGUAAUAACAUUGGCUUUCGCAAAUCUGGUAUAUAUGGCAUAGAACGUGAUGGAAAUUCAGACGAGAAUGAACUGGACUUUGGUGAUGAAUCAGCAACUAAUGCUAAACAUAGAAGGAGGCAAAAUAAAAGAAAGAAAAGGAGAAGGAACCGAGAUUGUGAUAAAUUAAGUGAUGAGGAUUUGCUUGACCUUGACGAUUCAAAUGAUAAAUUCAGUACCCAGUCUAGUUCUAGAAGUUGGUUGCUCUCUACUGAUGGCUAUUCAACUUCUUGGAGCCUGGCUGAUAUACCAGAACAUUUGUCAAAGCAUUGUUUGAGAGAAUGGAUGAAGCAGACUUUUGAUGAUUGGAGUGAAGCCACCUAAUUUGUUUCUGGAAAUGUUUGUUCCUUAGAAAUUUGUGAAAUUCACAAAAAAUAUGGGUUUGGAUAAUGAUGGUACGGCUCUACAGAGUCCAUCACCAUCUAAGUGUCAUCAUACUUGUGUAUUACUGAAAAUUUGUACGCGGGAUGCAGGCAAGAACAGUUCAAUAAGCAGACACCUGAAUGCAUUAAUUAGUGGAUGAUCUUUGAUGUAUCAUUCACCAAGAUCCUACCGGAUUCUGACAACUGGUGAGAUACUACGAUGCUGUGUUGUCCUUGUAAAUGAAGCUUUGGCAGAGUAAAUUUUCCCUGAUCUGUACUCAUAUGUUGCUCGAAAGAAGUUUGAUCAAUUCUUCUGUGAUGUAAAUAGCAUGGGCUAUGGAUGGUUAUAAAGAUGUUCAAUAUUUUGUAGCUUAAAUUUUGAGUUUUUGACCGAGGAACAAAGCCUGUGGCAUUGUAAAAGUAUGGCAAUUUUAAAGUUGUAAAAGCUAUAUGCCAUUUAACCAGUGAAUACUUUUUGCAAAGAGUGGCAUAAGAGGUUAUAUAGGACUUGUUAGGCUGAAAGUAGGCCAUUUGAGUUCA